CUGAAUUUGGAGUAAUUACGGAUUUUAUUUAAAAGUUUCAGGAACUGAAGGUUCCUUUUCUUCUAUAAAAUUUAUUGAUUCUAUUUUGAUUUGUCAGAACCAAAUCCAUGGCAGACACCUACGCAGACUUAGUUUUGGAAGUAGCAAAUAACAUAUGAAACAUUCAUAGUUAUUUUAUUUAUGAUCUCAUGAAAAGUUUGAAUGUAAAACACAUAAUGUAAAAUGAUACUCACUAUCAAUUGCAAUCAACUUAUCGGAAAUCUUGUCAACAAUAGAAAUACGUUAAUAAAAAAUGUAUGUACUUGGGCUAUAAUAUGAUCACUUAAGCAAUGCAUUAACCAGAUAGCUUAUUAUUUGCAUAAAAUAUAUAAAAACACAAUCUACAUUUUUAAUAAAUUAUGAGGAUAUGGUCAUGCAUACGAAAUUAAAUAUUAACAUCAUUAUUAUACUCAUGAUAUUGAAAAAAAACACUCAGUCGUGUUAAAAAUGUGGAAGCCGAAGAAUCUGUUGGAGGCAUUGCUGCCUAUUUAUAUUUUACACAUAAUAUUUUGUCAUGGUGUUAUACAAUAUCCGGCUAUAAGCAAAUCAAAAAUAAAUUAUUAUUCACUUGUUUUUUCGAUUAUUACAACAUCUGCAAGUUUGGUUUGUUACGUUAUUGUCUGUUGGAAUUUUUUUGGUCCAUCUUGGAUAACUAGUAUUCAAAUCAUCUACUUCAUUUUCAUAAAUAUUCUGACUUUUUCAAUGUACGUCAAUAUUGUUCGCAGUUGGAUCUCAAAUAACGAAACUUUGAAGAUUAAUUUGAGGCUUAUAAAAGCUGACGAAAAUCUCGGUAACUUGGGGGUACCAGUAGAUACUCAACGCGGAUUAACUUUAUCAAUUAAAGCUGCCGUUUCUUGGAUUAUUGCUUCAGUUUUUAUUGGCGUUUAUGGAAUUUGGUUGUAUGAUGACGAUAUGGACUUGUCAAACAAAAUCAUUGUCGUAUUUACUCGUCAACAUGGAUACAACGUUAAUUUUUUCAUUGAUUUGACAUUUUGUCUGCUUAUAAAUCACAUGAAAAUGCGGUUUGAAAAAGUAAACAAAGCGCUUUUGGAUAUUUUGGAAAUUCACACUAAUGACAAUAAUCGUAAAAAAGACAUUUUUACCUCGAUGGUUGUUCACCCGUCGAAUUCCGACAGAAAUUUCAUUAAAAUCCUUCAUAAACUCAGACGAAUUCAUCUGGAAUUGGGGAUAUUAUGUCAUGAAAUAACAAACGUUUAUGGCAUUGCUUUGGUUCUUACGAUGGUACAAUCAUUUUUCUUGUUAACAACCAUACCUUUUGGUAUGUAUAUAGCAUCAUCAAAUCCAACAUUUACACCACUGAUUAGAAUGCUAAGGAUACUAACUUUAAUCGGUUGGUUAAUUAUUGCCUAUUCACAAUUUAUCUGUAUCAAUCAUUCUUGCGAUAAAACCACUACUGAGUGGAAACGAACUGGUGAAAUAAUUUGUAAGUUGGACAUUGAGUCUGAAGAUGAAAAAGUGAAGAGAGAAAUUGAUAAAUUUUCAACGCAAAUAUUGCUAAAUCCUUUGAAAUUUUCACCAUGUGGUUUAUUCGAUCUUGGUUACUAUUUUGUUAGAGAUUUAAUCGGAUCCGUAACAGCGCAACUUAUAAUAUUGAUUCAAACCUAUCCAAUUAAUCAUUCAAAAUAAUUAAUUUUAUUUCAUACAUAUAUGAUAUAUUUUUUAUCACUGCCAUAACCGAUUUUGCUGAAGGUUUAAUUUUUUUCUGGCAACUGCAAAUAAAAUCAUUAUAAUUUUGUUGUAUUAAUUUUUUUCUUUGUUCCUUUAGAAAUCUUACUGUGCUUUAUUAGAACGCUCAUAAUUCGA